UGAAGGUGUACAGGGAAAGGAAGCGAGAGAUCAGAACUAUCAAGGCUGACGCUUGUACCUGAGCGACCUGCGAUCUCCACCGCCGCCGCGACGAAUCUGCCUCCGGGUAGGGGCUUUCAGCCAAAAAGAAAAUGGCUCGGCCGGGAACUGGCGCUCAGGCCAUGGAGAAGCCGGUUCAAAGCUCACUUGUUCUCGCCGGUGGAGGAGAGGGUGGUGAAAGGACCAGGAACAGCACUAGCCCACUCUGAACUCGGAGAACCUCAAGCUGCAAUGGCCAGACCUGCCCACUGUCCGUGUUUUGACGUUUCCUAUUGUUGCCGGAAGUGACGUUAGGGCUCCGCGCUUAACAGAGAAGCAUUUUUAUUUCCGUUGUUUACGAUUCGCUAUAGAUUCUUUGUUUCUCACUUCGCAGCCCGAGCCACUCGGACCAUCAAAAUUAUACAGACUUAUAAUCCGCAAGUGGCUAUUGGACUGAGCAUUGAGGAGGCUCUCAGCAGAGUCACUUUCCUCAAGGAUCUUAACGAACGCGGUGUGGAAUCUGCAGCGAGGAAUCCUGGAGCGCUGAGGAGCCCGCGGCUUUGAAGGUUUGACCGCGGCGCGUGGCGGGCUGGAACUCGUCCUUCCAGACACAAACGGUCGGCGCGAGAAGCGCCCCUGGGCGCAGGCGCCGGCAGCGGGGACUCGUUGCUGGAGACGGGGUUCGGGUGACUGUCUCUGGUUGCAUGUGCUCUCUCCUCUCCUUGUCCCGCUUCUCUGCUCGGCGGCUGCUGGGUGAAAAAUUAGAUUAUUUCAAGAGUUGGAGCUGAAUCUAUCAUUAAAUAAUGGCAACAGGUGACUUAAAAAGAAGCUUACGGAACCUAGAACAAGUGCUUCGCUUGCUAAAUUAUCCUGAAGAGGUGGAUUGUGUAGGUUUGAUAAAGGGAGACACGGCGGCAUCUUUGCCAAUCAUCAGUUAUUCUUUUACCUCAUAUUCACCUUACGUAGCAGAACUUCUGAUGGAAUCCAAUAUAGAACUCAUAGCAAAGAAUGACUUGCGCUUUAUAGAUGCUGUCUAUAAGCUUCUUCGUGAUCAAUUUAAUUAUAAGCCAAUUUUGACAAAAAAGCAAUUUAUCCAAUCUGGGUUUGCGGAAUGGAAAAUCCAAAUUGUUUGUGACAUUUUGAAUUGUGUGAUGAAAAAGCACAAGGAAUUGAGUACUCUUGAGAAGACUCCAUCACAACAAAGAAAGAAAAGCAGCUCUGGUAAAUCAGAACCUUGUGUGAACAAUGAGAAGAUAUCUGCAGAAGCUGUUGGUGUUGACAUCACCGGCAGGUUUAUGACUUCAGGAAAGAAGAAAGCUGUGGUGAUCCGGCACUUGUAUAAUGAAGAUCGCGUUGACAGUCCUGAAGAUACAUUAAUAGGUACAGUAACAGAAGUUACUGAAGCAGUUGCUGUAUCUGCCUUACAGGCUACUGAAAUAAAGAUACCUGAAGUAAAAGUCCCUGAAAUCAAGGCUGAGCAGCAAGACAUAAAAGUUAAUCCUGAGAUUACUGCGCUACAGACUAUGCUUGCUGAAUGCCAAGAAAAGCUUAAAAAACUGACCUGGAUAGAGAAAAGGUUAGAAUGCUUGGAAGAAAAAAUGAAAGGAAAAGUGUUGGUAAAUGAAAAGACCUGGACUAAUCUUCUAAGCCGUGUCACUCUUCUUGAAACAGAACUACUUUUGUCUAAAAAGAGUGAUGAAUAUAUAGAGUAUAAUGAAAUGAGUGAAGACUAUGCUUCUAGUAGUGACAUGGAUCUUCUGAAUGCUGAUAGAAAAAGCAAAGUAGAGAGACCAGCAAGUAUUCCUCUGUCCUCUGGUUAUUGUACAGUAUCCACAGAUUCAACUCCCAGAGCCUCGACUAUUAAUUACUGUGGUUUGAAUAACAUUUCUGAGGUAAGAAAAACUGGCAACUGCUUAGAUGAUUUCCUUUCUAAGGUCAGGACAACAAGCAUUAGUUUUAGUUGUAUAUACUGUUGGCAAGAAAAACAGCAAAACUGUAAAUCUUAAUCUCUCAAAAAUUCUUUGUGAUAAGUAAACAGUACUUAAUGCAAUGUUUCAGACUGUGUUUUGUAUGUUCACGGUCCAUCUUUGAUGAUGGUUUACUUUAAGAAAUCGCCUAAAUUUGUUGCUUUUUAAAUUAAAGGAAACAACAAUCCAGAAAAUGGAAAGGAUGAAAAAAAUGUAAGUAACAGAAAGGGGCAACAGAAAUUCAUUUCUCUCUAGGGAAUUGUAUUGGAUUACAGUAUAUAUAGAAUGUGCAUAUGUGUUUCAAACCUUAAAGGUCUCUCAAUCAGGUGUGGAAUUUCCUUCAGGACUCCAGUGGAUAAUAAAUCCACCUACAGUUAUGUGUUUGUGAGAUGAGUCACUGUUUUGGUUUCCAACAAGUGAUAUAAAACAUUGUUAAUGGAAUUAACUGCGGAUUAAAGAGUGCAGAGAUAUUUUUGGUUGGUAGUUUAUCAACAGUAUUAUCUAUUUCUGAUAACGGAUUUAUCAGAAUAUUAAGUAAUAUAUAGAUGGAUGGUUUGGAGAUAUUUUCAGUUAUUAAUGUAUCACUGGUCCUUAUUAGUAAGUUAUUGAUAAGAUAAUACUAAAAAUGGUGUUUUAUCCAGUACAAAUAAAAUUACAUAUGAUUUUUUAAAGAGCAGUUCAAAGGAAAUAUAAAACCGUAUAUGAGAUUAUUGUAUAGCUACUACUUUAAAAAACUGUAAUAUUCUUUUGAAAUCUGAAAAGUACUGAAAUAACUUACACUCCAAGAAUAUACGACUCCAAAAAUAUAAUUGACUCUAGUUGUUUUUCUUCUGGCCGUACUGUACUUAGGUUUACUCAUAGUAACUGUACUUAUAAAUAAGGAAAAUAUUCAAAUUAUUUCUGGCUAAAAAGCAUAAUUUCAACAACUUAAAUCCAAUGCUUCAUUAUGAAUUAUUUGUUUUACUUAAUAUAUUAUUUGUUUAUUAUAUUUCAGGUUUGAAGAAACUGCAGAGUUACUGAAAUGUCCAAAUCAUUAAUUGUAGAAUUUUCUGCAUGAACUUCUCUAGGACUUUGGCUACUGUACAUGUUGUAUAUUUUAAGAAUUCUUUAUACAAUCUUAAUAUAUUGCAAUAUUUUUAUUAACAAUUUGAAUUCCAUUUGGUGUGUGAGUUUUUUCAUUCAUUAUUGAAUAAAUACUUUAAUAUUUUUGA